AGAUUGAGAGCCAUCAUGAUAGGCAUUACACUUAUAGCCACCAGCAAAGAAACAUCAGAAUGCGGUUCGUUCAACUGUUUGAAAAAUACCGCAAUGAGUACUUGGCCACUCUAGCAGCAACCUUGUCGAUAAUGAUGACGGUUAUGACCAAUGCGUGGUCUUCGCCGGCCAUUGUCAAACUGGAAGCCGAGGAUUCUCCAAUUCCGAUCACCGAAGACGAAGGUUCUUGGGUUGUGGCGAUCCAAGCUAUUGGUGGAAUUUUCGGCCCAAUCAUCACCGGUGUUGCCGUGGAUCGAAUUGGUCGAAAGUGGACUCUGCUGAGUGCGGCCAUUCCUACGAUCAUUGGUUGGAUUCUGAUUGGACUUGGGAACUCGGUUGGGUAUCUGUACGCGGCAAGAUUCCUAUUCGGGGUCAGCUAUGGAACGACUUACUCGGUUUCGCCAAUUUAUUUGGGUGAAAUUACUUCGGACGCUAUUCGGGGAUCCUCCGGCACAAUGAUAACCAUAUUGGCGCGGAUCGGGUUUUUGCUGAUGUACAGCAUUGGACCAUACUUGGAGUACAGAACGUUGGCCUGGGUUUCGAUGAUAGGUCCAGCACUGUUCGUGUUGAGUUUUAUGUGGAUGCCUGAAACGCCGUAUUAUCUGAUUGGAAAGAACCAGCAUAAGCAAGCAGAGCAAAGUCUGUCGUGGUUCCGACGAACUACGAAGAUCUCUGAAGAGAUGGAAGCUAUGAAAUCAUCCGUGGAGAAAUCCAACCAAGACAAAACAUCUUUAUCAGUAUUAUUUACCCCAGCCUAUCGGAAUAAUAUGCGAAUCGUAUUCGUUUUGGUGUUUAGUAUGCAAUUCACCGGAAUCCUUGCAAUACUAGGAUAUGCUCAGACGAUUUUUGGUAAGAUUUCUACAAGUUUGAAGCCAGAAGAGAUGUCGAUCGUUCUGGGCGCAGUUCAAUUAGUAGCCGUGAUAUUCCCAGCCUUUCUGGUCGAUCGAAUGGGAAGACGACCACUGUUGCUGCUUUCCGCAGUCGGGACAACACUAAGCCUGCUGGUUUGUAGUAUAUACUUCGCGAUUGCUGGUGACAACUAUCAAGGAAGUCUCGGAUGGAUUGCGUUCAUUGCAAUCCUGUUCUACAUAGUGUUCUACGGGCUGGGGUUGGCCACCGUGUCGUUUGCCGUCUUGACCGAAAUUUUCCCGAAAAACAUUCGAGCCUAUGCGAAUGCUACGUUUUCUAUCGCCAGUGCAAUACUCAUAUUCGGGAUUGUGAAGGCUUUCCAAGUGACGCUAGAUAACGUUGGUGCAUAUCUGCCGUUUGGUCUGUUCGCUCUGUGUGAAGCUAUUGGAUGUGUUCUUAUCUAUCUGUACAUACCGGAGACGAAGGGCAAAUCGUUGGAUGAAGUUCAGCGGAUAGUGGCGGGCAAUCGAGUCUCGUAGUGUGAGGUUGAAUGCACACUUAUCGCGGAAAAAUUAUUUUGGUUCGGGUUUUAGACUACAAUGAUGAAUUCGCUUCAUCGAGUAAUGCAAUAUACGCGUUUUGAAUAUUCAAACAACCGCUAAAUGUUUAGAAUCGCUGAACGGAAAUAAACACUUAUCUGUGAUUCUAAACAUUUUAUGGUAUUCAGAACACGUGUUGGAAUAGUUGGAGAUUCCAUACUGGCGGUCAGUGUUGUUACGUGAAGUUUCAUUGGUUUAGCAACUAUCAUCCUCGUGAGGAACGAACCUCUAAUGCAGUUUCAGGGAUAGAUUUCGAUUUUAUUUAAAGUUAAUAAAAACAUAUCUGAAAGUAAACUCUUACUCAGAGAUUCGAUUGAUACGGUAUACAAGUGAGAAAUUUAACAUACUCAGAUUAUCUAAAA